UGUGGAAGCAUGUUCAGUAAAUUGAAGUUCCUGAAGUUCUUGUUCAAUUUCUAUGUGAAAACGUAGAAUUUCUCCAUAAAAAUACCCGAUUUUCUCUCAUGCAAACCUCACAUGGAGCUCAUUAUGGCUUUAAAGAGCUUAAAAGAGAUAUUUCCACUGCCUAAUUGUCGCAGAAUUAUGACACUUUUCGUGAAAUUAUGGACAUUGUUGAUGUAUGUCCUCAAGCGAAAUAUGCGAGCAGUUAUAGAACAUCAGACAAUAAGAUAUUCAACAUUUGAAUUAUCACCAUUAUCACAGCAAAGAUUAAAACUUGUAAGAAGAAAGAUAUUUGUCUUGGACUUGGAUGAGACUCUGAUACAUUCACAACGAGAUGGAGUUGGUAGAAAAUCACUUUAUCCUAAUAUGCCUGCAGAUUUUGUUUUAAGGGUAACAGUUGAGCAUCAGACAGUAAGAUUUCUUGUUCAUAAAAGACCACAUCUUGACUUUUUCUUAGGACUGGUUUGCCAGUGGUUUGACUUGGUGGUUUUUACAGCAAGUUUAGAGAGAUAUGGAAUGGCUGUAACAGAUAAAAUUGACAAUAAUAAAGGAUUUUUUACUAGACGAUAUUUCAGACAUCAUUGCACCUUACACCUUGGGACAUAUAUCAAAGAUCUAUCUAUUAUAAGUGAUGAUUUAUCAAGCAUUUUUAUUCUGGAUAAUUCUCCUGGGGCAUAUAUGAAUAACAAAGAUAAUGCAAUUCCAAUCAAAUCAUGGUUUGCAGAUCCAUCAGAUACAGCUCUGUUAAAUAUUUUACCAAUGUUGGAUGCUUUGCGCUUCACUGCUGAUGUUAGAUCAGUACUAAGCCGUAAUGUCCACCACUAUCCAGCAUGGUAAUAGCACCAUACAGUUUUCACAAUGUAAUUAGUGUAUAAUUAUUGCGAAUGACGUAAUAUCUGCCACUCGCUCCUCAUAUAAUCAUAAAUUACCUUUGUCUCAGUGCAUAGCAUCGCCUCACUACCUUCACCAGUAAAUACACGAAGUAUUGAAGUAAUAAUACCAAUGUUCACACUAAGUUAUGUUCACUGCAGGCUCGGUGAUGUUUAGUGUAGGGAACUUUAUUAACUUCAAGAUUUUAGUAUUGAAAUGUUGUGUAAGGCUGUUAGAACUCUGAAACACUAAGAUAUUUUACAAUUACUAAAACAAAAAAAGAAAAUAAAGAGACUCCUGUUUCUGGUUCUCUGGCACGCGUAUUAGCGACAAUUAUUAACGUCUAUAUAAGACGGGGUCGGGUCAUUUCGUCGUUUUCGUACCCAAUACCCAUUUCCUUAUCCGGGAAAAUUACCUGGGGUAAUUACAUGGAGUUAGAAAAGGCCUGGGAAAGAUGACAUCAGGCAGGAGCCGCCACUUACCUCGACAACAAUAGCGACAGUUUUGUCAAGUGUUGAUGAAAAUUUAGAAGAAGAUUGAGAAAAAGAUUUGGUAACAGGAAAACAGAUAAUGAUUGUGAAUUAUAAUUUCUAAAUUAUUACACAAAUAUUUUAAAAGAAAGAAUUUACCUUGACUUUGU